AUGGCACCAAGAACUGGAUCAAAGAAGGGACAGAAGGCGGCUGAGCCCGUUGAGGCAAGCGAGCCGAGGCCCGUUGACACACAAGACGUGGUACCCAAGGAGCCACCGGCAUCUAGGCAUGGGCCAGAGGCAGGGGAUGAUAUCAUGAAGGCCCUCAGCAAGCUGCAGAGAUCGAUCAACAAAACACAAAAGGCUGUGCAGUCCCUCCAGGCAGCAUCCCAGGGGCAGGGGGGAGAGAGUGUGCAACCCGCGAAGCCCAAGAAGGAGCCCAGUGGUUUCGCAAAGCCGAGCCGCAUCUCGAACGAGCUUAGCAGCUUUCUUGGGGUUCCUUCCAAUACAAGGCUUGCUCGCACACAGGUUACGAAGCUCCUGACCGAGUACAUCAAGAAGAACGACCUGCAGUGCCCCGACAACCGCCGCAACAUCCGACUCGAUGACAAGCUCAAGGAUCUGCUCAAGGUCCCAGAGGGCACCGUGGUGACGUUCUUCAAUCUGCAGAAGCAUUGCAAGAACCACUACAUCUCUGAUGACGAAGAAGUUGCCUCAGAGCUGCAAGCAAUCGUGGCAGACUUUAAGAAGACCCUGCGGGAUACAGAGCCCAAGGCCUUGAAGAAGGGCGCUCUGUUGCGCCUGAAACUUAUUGGCGAGCAGCUGGUGCGCAGCAUCGAAGCAGAGCUGCACACCGUCAUGCGGCUGCAGUACAGAGACACUGAUGACGAGUCGUCUGAUAUCUCUGAUGAUGAAGCAUCUCUCGGUGGUGACGACUAUCGACCAUCAGAUUAUGUUGCAAGAAUGUAA